AUAAUUAGCUAUAUAAUUGUGUAAGGACACUUUAAGGUGAAAACAAUAUUUUGUUUAGGCAAAUAACAACAUGCAUAAUAGUUAUGUUAUGAAUUAAAAAAUCAUUCAUUGUAAAAUGUAUUCUUUGGGAGUCCUAUUAUUUCUAGUGCUAUGUACGCAAAUCACAGACAGCGUUGAGCGAUCCUGGCAGGAAAUAAUGGCGAUGGAAAAGCAGAAAUAUAUGAAGAAAUAUAGAAGACAAAAUAAGGAUCUGAACCCGUACAAAGGUCUUAAGAAUAUGACGACAGAUUACAUGUUCGCCAAAGAGGCAGGCGCCAUAAUACAGAUGACUCAGGAGUUUAUAAGAGAUAUGGACAUGAAAAUGCGAGACGUAUACAGGGUGGAAAAGCGAUACGUCAGAACGUUUGAUUUCGGCGCCGGCAAACUGUACCAUCAACUCGAAUCGAUAUUUGAACAUAUGGUUCAUUUAUACAGGAAUACGACUAACUAUGAUAAACUCUACGGAUACGGAGUAGACUUGAGAUCCGAUAUUGUUGGCUCGCUUCAGUUCAUGCUGAGCGACUACAUGGAGUUUAUAACUAUGGUGGAACAAUACAAGGAGCGCUACCGGCUAUUCAAGCAGCACAGUAGAACCUGGGAGAUACGCGCCAUGGUGCAGGAUGUACUUACGAAAAACAAAAUAUACCCGCGCGGGACCAGGCCUGCAGUAUCUUUAGAUUCAGAUUGUUGUAAGUAGCUUAAGAAUAAGUAAAAUCUACCCGUUAUUAUUUUAAUAAACCAGUUGUCAUCUGA